ACAACAACACCAACUAAUGCUCCUACGACCUCUGAUAGAAUCCCAGCUGGUCCACCUGUUAAAAUGCGAGUUGAAGAGUGCAACGAACGCGAUAUUUUCUUCCUUAUUGAUGGCGGCGCUAGUGUAGGGCCGGAAAAUUUCAAAAGACAAGUGGAAUUCUUAGCAAGGUUCGUGAGAAAAGUUGAUCUGGAUUCUAGGAAGAUACGUCUUGGAGUAAUAGAAGUUAGCAACAAGGAGAGAACAAAAGUAAUAUUUAGUUUUGAGUCCUCGCAAAAUCCGCUUGAUAUUGAAUAUUUACUCAAGGAUAUGCCGUUUUACAACAAACCAGAUAGAUACGUUGGAGAAGCACUGAAGAAAGUCUAUACUUCGGUAUUUACGGGCUCUGACGGAGAUCGUCCGGAGGUUGGCGACACCCUGGUGAUCCUUAUGAACGGCCGAAUGAAAGACGCAGCGGUCGCUAGCGAAUAUUCGGAAAAACUGAAAGUUCGCGGAGUGCGGAUAAUCGCUGCCGCGGUUGGAACCGAAACGGAAUUGUUUGAAGAUCAGAUCGAGCUGAUGGCUUCGAGCUUGCAAGACAUGCUUAGGUCGAAUUUUGAUUAUCUUGACCAAGUCGGUAAUCACAUUCUGAACAAAAUUUGUACAUUGGUGCCAGUGACUCGAGAGCCAGGUAUAUUGUGA